AUGCAGACCGCAACUUGCUGCAGCCGGGCCCACGCCCCAGAGGCGUCGUUCAGCGGCAGACGCCUGGAGGCGCGCCCCGGCAGCCAAUUGCGGUUGCCCGCGCGCCACACGGGCCGGGCCGGCAGGCUCCAGCUGCGAUCCCAGGCGCUGCUUAUGGAGCUCGACCUGCCGGCGGCGGUGGCCGGCCUGCAGGACGUGCUGCCGCCCCUGCACGCCGCCUCCGCCUCUGCCGCCGCCUCUGCCACCCACCUGCACGCGAGCGGCGCCGCCGCCGCGCUGCACGGCGACCAGCUGCAGCAGCUGCUGACGCUGGGGGACGCCGCGGCGCAGCGCAUCGCCGACCUGGCUGACGCGGCGGCGGCGGCGGCGGGCGACGCGGGCGCCGCGGCGGGCGCCGCCAAGAAGGACAACGGCUGGCUGCAGCCGCUGGUGACGGGGCUGGAGACGGUGCUGACGUUCAUCGAGGACGGCCUGGUGCGGGUGGGCGUGCCUUACUCGUACGGUUGGUCUAUCGUCGCCCUCACCGCCCUCAUCAAGCUCGCCACCUUCCCGCUCACCAAGAAGCAGGCGAGGCCGGGGCCCGGGCCGCCCGCCCCGUUUCGCCCCUGCCUGCCGCCACGCGUGGAGAGCGCGCUGAACGUGCAGCGCCUCAAGCCCCAGAUCGACGCCAUCAAGGAGCAGUACGGCGACAACAAGGAUGCGGUACAGCGGGAGACGAGCGCGCUGUACGAGAAGGCGGGGGUGGACCCGCUGGCGGGCUGCCUGCCCUCCCUGGCCACCAUCCCCAUCUUCAUCGGCCUCUACCGCUCCCUCUCAGACUUCUCCACGCAGCAGGAGGCGGGGUCCGCGGCCUUCUACUGGAUCCCCUCCCUGGCGGGGCCCACCAGCGUGGCGGCGCAGAAGGCCGGCUCUGGCACCGCCUGGCUGCUGCCGCUGGUGGAUGGCGUGCCGCCCAUCGGCUGGGACCUCGCCUCCCGUUACCUGGCCCUCCCCGUGGCGCUGUACAUCAGCAACGCCAUCAUCACGCCCCCACAGACCGACGACAGCGGCGCCGCCAAGUUCACCCAGAACCUGGUCAAGGUGCUGCCCCUUAUGAUUGGCUGGUUUGCGCUCAACGUCCCCGCCGGCCUCUCCCUCUACUACUUCUCCAACACCGUCUUCACCACCGCGCAGCAGGUCUACCUCAAGAAGCUGGGAGGCGCCAACCUGGCGGAGUAUGACCUGGGCCCCAUCGAGCUGGGCAAGGCCAGGCGCACAGGCACCGUGGCCGCCAGCAUGGACGAGGCGGCGGCGGGCGAGGGCGCGGCGGAGGCGGCGGCGCUCGCCGACCAAAACGGCGCCGCCGGCAACGGCGGCGGCGCGGCGGCUGCUGGCGAGGAGGGCGACGCGGGGCAGCUGGCGCUGGCGGCGGCCGCCGCCGCGCCCGCAGUGCCUCAGAUCAGCCGGCGCUGCAAGCGGCGGCGGCGCGAGCUGCUGGAGUCGGCAGCCUGA